CUCAUGGUGCAUGUGUUUCUCUUUAUUUCAGAGAUCAGCAGGGUACGAAAGGACAUGUACAAUGACACUUUAAACGGCAGCACGGAGAAGAGAUGCUCCGAGCUCCCGGACGCCGUCGGCCCCAUCGUUCAGCUCCAAGAGAAACUCUAUGUGCCUGUUAAAGAAUAUCCUGACUUUAAUUUUGUGGGCCGGAUCUUGGGCCCGCGGGGGCUCACAGCCAAACAGCUGGAGGCAGAGACAGGAUGUAAGAUCAUGGUGAGAGGGAAAGGCUCCAUGAGGGACAAAAAGAAGGAGGAACAAAACCGAGGUAAACCCAACUGGGAGCAUCUGAAUGAAGACCUCCAUGUGCUCAUCACGGUGGAGGACGCCCAGAACCGGGCUGAGAUCAAGCUCAAGCGUGCAGUGGAGGAGGUUAACAAGCUACUCGUGCCUGCGGCUGAAGGCGAGGACAGUCUGAAGAAGAUGCAACUGAUGGAACUGGCCAUUCUUAACGGCACCUACAGAGACGCCAAUAUCAAAUCACCUGCCCUUGCAUUCUCUCUUGCAGCGAGCGCCCAGGUGCCACGGAUCAUCACCGGCCCAGCACCUGUCCUGCCUCCCAACGCCUUGCGCACGCCCACGCCCGCAGGGCCCACCCUCAUGCCCCUCAUCCGCCAGAUCCAGACUGUCAUGCCCAACGGCUCGGCCCACCCAGCAGCUGCCACCCUAGUGCAGCCCGGUCCGGAGUCGGGCCUGAUUUACGCGACGCCCUAUGAGUACCCCUACACACUGGCCCCCGCCACCUCCAUUCUGGAGUAUCCAAUCGACUCCAGCGGGGUUUUAGCAUCCUCAAAGGCCGAAGAGCUGCCCCUCUACCUGGGCUUUCAGACCUGUCACAUUCCCAUCACAGUCCAGCGCGGAGAGCCAACCGGUCGGCCUCCCUUUUAAAGUGCCCCCUCUCUCCCCCGCCCCCUCCGACAAGCCCCUCCCUCACACCGCAGACACGCCCCCUGCCCCACCUCCCUCUUAUCGGACUGGCUGGACUCCCCGGCCUCUUUCAUUCAGUCUGUUUCUUUAAAUGAUGGUUUUUGUUUUUCUGUUAUUUUUUGGUUUUGUACUUUUGUUUUGAUCUGUAAUGUGAUGUUUUAGUUUUUUUAUGUGUACAAUGAUGAGGGAGACAAAGCACUGAGCCCCAAACUGCUGCACAAGCUUUUCUGGAUGACCCCCAUCCCUCAGUCUGAGCGGGCCGCAUCAGGGUGCGGUGACAACUAAAGUUCGAAGGCACGAAAUGCGCGUCCAUCCUUACCAAAGGGUAGUGACCGCAGACAGAGGUUAGUUUAGUUCAUGUGCUUCUAUUCAUUACCAGUAGCAACUCACUGUUGGUCUUGAUCUGUUGUGAAGCAUGUGCAGUUUGAGCAUGUUAAAAGACGUGCCAUCCACAGCUUGAAUUCAGUGCACUGUGCUGUUUAAUAAGGUGUGUUUGUUUUAAACCCUUUGGUUCACACACACACACACAAGGUCUUUCCUGCACAGGUGGAGUGGUUGACUUCAUUCCAUUAUUCUGAUGACCUUAUCAUUUCAGCAUGAUGUUGAUGACAAAUAAUGGAGCUAUUCAUGUGAGCAUGGGCUUUAUUCACCCCAUUACGCUCAACAUUUCUAGCUGUCUCUAGUUAUGCAGACACUAAAUAGUGUUUUUAUAUAUUGACUCUUGAAACAUUUUGGAGCCAUUUGAAUAGACGGAGAUCGCAUCAUGAAUGUGUCCCUUCCAAAUGAGUUAAAGUGAUUGUUUAUAACUACAUGUAGCCUAAUGUGGAUAUACAAAUACAAAUCAUAGUCAUAAUGCACGUUAAAAUCCACGUUCACUAUCAUUAGGUUAAAGGCUUUUCAAAACAGAAAAAUGCCAUUAGGAGAUCUUUAAAGCUGAAGUGUAUGAUUUUGUCAAUGUUAAAAUAUAUGCAGUCACAAUUAUUAGUAAGCCAUCUGUAGGUUGAUUCCCUUGAAAUGUGUAAACACUAGUAUAGAGCCAAAAAUGUGGACUCCUACAAAACAUUGACUGGUUUGUUUGAGCACAGCAACAUUGACUUGAUCAAUGACAUAUAUUAGUAAUGGGACAGUAUAAAAAUGCAAUUCUGUUAGAGACACUAGUGGUGUAGAAAUUACACACUUCGACUUUAAAGAAAGGAAAGAUGAUCUUCACUAAAUCUGUGUCACUAGCAACAAGUUUAAUACAUAUUUGGAACUUUUAUACAGGUACAGCCUGAUUAAUUUGACCAUUUUAAUAUUCUCAUAGAAUUUUAUGAGAAAAACGAAUUGUCUGAUGAAUGGGAAAGUCUGAGACCACUAGUCAAAAUGCUAUUUUUAUUCAAUAAUAAAAAAAAAUGUAUGUAUUCAGAGUAACAAUUUGAAUAUAGAGUAUAUAUAAGCUGAUUUGACAAAUUAACAUAAAUGUAAUAAUGUCUUAAUAUUUGGUUUGUUAGCAAUGCUCAAGCUCAUUGAACUCCACAAGUCUUUGUAAAAACCUAAUGUUCUCAAGUGUGAUUUAAAAAUGAGCAGAAGAGCAUCUUAAACCAAAAUUAUUUUCAAAAAGAGAUUAUGAAUUUGAUUUUAAUUUUGACCCCACCACAUGUUUAAAAUGAUUACAAUAAUCAUAAAUGAUUACUUUAAUGAGUUUAAGAUGGGUAAUGAUUUGACAAAGCAAGUCUUUAUCUCAGUAUUGCUACAGACUCUUAAUAUUUCCUUGUUCGCAUGCAUAAAAAUUCA